CGCAGCACGUGUGGUUUCAUCCCUGCACAUGAUCACUCUAACUGUCUGACUCUCCACCAAUUUUGUCGGCUAGCAGCAGGGUAGGGUAGUACACACGCUUGUUGUGUCUAGCUCUGGGGGUCUAGGUCGAAAACAUACAUUACUGUCAAAGGGGGAAAAAAUAAACACACACACACACACACUACUCAUCCGUAUUAUCCCACUCUGUCGACCACCUCAACGAUGCUCCCAUUUUUGCGGCCCUCGUUCUCCCCUUUCUCGCUUUCUCAUGGACUAUUCCGUACGCUUACCACCUGUGCUGCCUCUAAAUUGCCUCUUGACACGCCAGAGGCCGUUCACAAACGCCGGUUGCUGCGGACUCGUCCGGGUGCAAUUCUCUUCAAAAAGGGCAUGACGAGUGUUUGGGACGAAAGCACACACCAACAGGUCCCGGUGACGGUGCUUCAGUUUGACCGCGUCCAGGUGGUCGGCUUGAAAACAGAAAAACGAGACGGAUACAGCGCGGUCCAGAUGGGCGCGGGUCUAAGGUUGCCUCACAAUGUGUCUCGAGCGCUCCAGGGACAUUUCAGCGCGAACGGCGUGUAUCCGAAGCGAUACGUAAAGGAAUUCCAGGUGAAGGACGACAGCUGCCUGCCGAAAGUGGGAACGGUACUUACACCCGAGUACUUUCAGGUUGGACAGCACGUGGAUGUCAAAGCACUCACAAAAGGCAAAGGCACAGCCGGUGUCAUGAAACGAUGGGGGCUUUCUGGAGGCAACGAUUCGCACGGUGCAUCGAAAUCACAUCGCUCUGCUGGUGGCACGGGUCAGGCAAAGAUCCCGGCACGUGUGCUGCCAGGCAAGAAAAUGUCUGGACACAUGGGCCACCAAUUUCGAACUGUACAAAACAUGCUUGUUUGGGCCGUGCACCCAGAACACGAUUGCAUACUUGUAAAGGGUGCCGUUCCUGGUCCCGUGGAAGGCGUCGUAUAUGUCAGCGACUCCAUCAUACAACUGUACAAGCGGCCAAGCGCCUAGCAGCUAUCGUCGCUGUAAAUAAUGUAGAACUGAAAUGAAUUAACGCGCGCAUCGUCAACCCUCCUUUUUACAGGGUUAGAUGUGAGGAAUUAUUACGAGUCAUUAAUCCGGGAACAAGAGCUUCUUCUUCUUCUUUUUUAAGAGUCUUUUUACUUCUUCAUAAGAGCUUCGCGUAGCUGGAGAAUCUGUGUUUUUUGGUG